ACUAGCUAGUGUGUAUCGUAUUAGUUAGUAGUAGUCGUCGUCGUCGUCGACAACCAUGGCAAACACCAACAUUUUAGAAGUUGAGCGAGAGAGCUUCCACAGGUUCUUUGAGUGCUGGCUUGCUGAACAAAACCAGCACCUCCACGACCUCAUUACUGCCGCCAAAAAUAACACCACCUCCGCCGCUACUAAUCCUACAACCACUGCUGUUAUUAAUACUAGCAGUAGAAGUUUAGGAACACUGGUGGAGCGCGUGGUGAAGCACUACGAGCAUUACUACGAGGUAAAGUCGAGAUGGGUUAAGCAAGACGUCCUUGGGAUGCUGUCGCCUUCUUGGCUGAGCUCCCUCGAGGACGCCUUCCUUUGGAUUGGCGGCUGGAGACCAAGCAUGGCUUUUCAUCUCUUCCACUCAAAGUCGGGAUUGCAACUCGAGGUUCGAGUCGCGGAGUUUAUCCGAGGCUUUUGUAGUAGUGGUAGUAAGGGUGACUUGGCGGAUUUGUCGUCACAUCAGCUCACGCAAGUGGACCAGAUGCAGCAGAGGACUGUUAAGGAAGAGAGGGACAUCAGCGAGAAGAUGGCCAAACGGCAGGAGGCCGUCGCUGACUCCUCCUUGGUCGGCUUGUCCCACGUCAUUACGGAGUUGAUGGAUGCCGGUAACGGUGUUGAUGAUCCGGUUGCGGAGGAGGACCCCCGAGUGGAAUACGCUCUGGCAUCCAAGGAGGAAGGUUUGGAGGAGGUUCUGCAUAGGGCUGAUAAUCUACGGCUGAUGACGCUGAAAGCUAUCACUCACAUUCUGACUCCAAUCCAGGCAGUCCAUUUCUUGAUUGCUGCUGCUGAGUUGCACUUGAGGCUUCAUGACUGGGGAAAAAAGAAAGACGCCACCACCCGUGCCCAAUCUUCUCAACCAUGAUCAUUUCAUCUCAUGCAUCGAUCCCGUCGGUCUAAAUUAAUAACGAGUUUUUAGGCGAGGCCUAAGUACGUAAGUAUCGUGUCGGGCGUAAUAGUGUACUAGCUUAUGAAUUUGGAGUGAGACUACUGUACGCUCGAGGUCUUCCCCACUCGGUUUACUCUGGGCAAGGUUUUAAUGACAACUAAUGACGCCACUUUAAGCAAGUGUACCUUGUUAUAAA